UUGAAUCAGAUCUCCAAUUAUUAAGUUGAUAGGCCUUAUUCUGUUCUGAGAUCAUCAAUGUUAUGAUUGUCCAAGAUACUUCCGAAGUAGUCGAUCCAGUCCUCUGUGGUGGCAGGCUGCUCGUCAAAAUCAAGCUGAACGCCGUUAACCAUCACGGUAGGGGUCAUGUAGAUCCUGUAGUUGGCACCGAACUUCUGGGCGUUGUGAAUAGUGGCCAAAUAUUUGUAUGAGUCGAGAGUCUGGUAACAUUCGUCAUAAUUGUAGCCGAAUUUUCCUUGUGUCUCAUUACAUACUUUUCUGAUCACAUCAGUUUCACUGAGAUUUCUGGCAGCGUAGUACAAGUACUCGUGCUGAUGCUCGAAGCACCACUCGUUGAAAGCAGCGUUUACCUCUCCGUCGUGGUUCAAGUCCCAAAUGUAUGGGUUAAGCAUGGAAAGAGUGAAGGAUUUUGAGUGGGCUGGCAAAAUAUAAGUAUGGAAAUAGACCUCAACAAAGUCAGUGAGUGGCCUUCCUUUGUACAACGAGUUAAUAGCAGCCUUGAAUGGGGGAUCAAAGUUCUUGCAAUCAGAGCAGAGAAUGUCCUCAAAUACAUCAAGUCUAAUCCUGGCAUCUGGAGACUCCUUGUACAGAAUUCCUGCUGGGGUUGGUGGAACCGGGACCCCACAGAGUGCAACACCCAAAAUUAGGAGGACAGCAACAAUAAUUUUCAUUG